AUGAAAGGGAAGCCGCAUUUUCUACUUACGCAGAGCGGAAAUAUAUCUCAGCAAUGGCAAGAACCACGUAAAUCCACCGGUGGCAAAGCCCCGAGGAAGCAGCUCGCUACAAAAGCAGCCCGGAAGAGCGCCCCAGCCACCGGCGGUGUCAAGAAGCCCCAUCGUUACAGGCCCGGGACUAUCAGAAGCUAUCAGAAGUCCACCGAGCUGCUGAUCCGCAAACCUCCUUUCCAGCGUCUGGUCCGAGAAAUCGCUCAGGAUUUCAAGACGGAUCUGCGCUUCCAGAGCUCCGCUGUCAUGGCCCUGCAGGAGGCCAGCGAGGCUUAUUUGGUCGGUCUGUUUGAGGACACCAAUCUGUGCGCCAUCCACGCCAAGAGAGUCACCAUCAUGCCCAAAGACAUCCAACUGGCCCGCCGCAUCCGCGGAGAGCACGCUUAAACCCGCCACAUUACACCCCAAAGGCUCUUUCAAGAGCCACCACAAUCACACUGAACGAGAAAAUUUCCACUAUAACGCUUAUUACGAAUUAAAUUUA